AAUGUUUACGUUUUUAUGUUUACAGGUGGAACUGGCCCAACUACGGAUACUGGAUGGGGAUGUAUGCUCAGGUGUGGACAGAUGAUGAUGGCUCAGUGCCUUGUGAUUAGGCAUCUUGGUAGAGACUGGCGCUGGUCCAAGGACUCCCUCAACGAUCCUGUCUACCGAAAGAUACUGAGCCUCUUCCAGGAUAAACGAACAUCUUAUUACUCAAUACAUCAAAUCGCAUCAAUGGGCGUAUCUGAAGGUAAAACGGUUGGAAGUUGGUUUGGUCCAAACACUAUAGCUCAAGUCUUAAAGAAGCUGUCUGUAUAUGAUGAAUGGAGCGCCAUUGUCACCCAUGUAGCCAUGGACAACACCAUCAUAGAAGAUGACAUCAGGACUUUGUGCAAAAACUUCACCACCAAUCGUGAUAAUGGUCAGCUAGAAUCUAAAUCCAUCUCGGACAGUUCCCCACUAACAGCAGGUUCAUCAUUAAAAGAGUCCAGUUGGUCACCCUUGUUACUGAUUAUUCCUCUCAGGCUCGGACUGACCGAUAUCAAUUCUCUAUACUUCAACAGUCUCAAGAUGUGUCUGUCAUUAAAACAAUCAGUAGGAAUUAUUGGUGGGAAACCGAACCAUGCUCAUUGGUUUAUCGGUACUUUUGAGGAUGAACUGAUCUACCUUGACCCACACACCACCCAACCUGUUGUCGACAUUGGGUCGACAAACACCACAGGAGAUGAAUCUUACCACUGUUGCCAUGCUUCCCGUAUGAAGUUGAAUCAUCUGGACCCCUCCGUUGCUCUGGUAAGAGAGAGAGAGAGAGAAAGCAGUAGACAGAGAGAGAUGUAAAGAGAGUUGGAGAGA